AUGAAAACAGGACGAUCAAAGCUUAUGUUAAAACUUGUGGAAGAAACAAGCAAAAAUUCGAAAAGUACGGGUUUUACUCAUGAUGAGCGCAUGGAUGAGGAGGACUGCAUACCAGGGACUCCAGAAUGCCAUUCGCCAUUACCUUCAGGAGCACGCAACGUAAUAGAAGAGAUGAACGACAUUUGUGAAGAUGUCUUUUCAGAUGACGUACACGGAACAAGCGAAAUCAUAAAAUCAACAAAUGAAAAUAUGGACCCGAACAUACCAUCAUCUACUUGUGUUCUUGAAGAAGAUCCUUUUAUGGCCGUGUAUGAAAAUGCAUCCUCACCAUAUUUACUCGCGUCAGAAAAUCAGCAUGGUGUCGUGUCCCUCUUAAAUAUCACCUCAGCUCUAACCCCUUUAAAUACUUCUACCCUGAUAUCAGACCUGUCACCUUUCCCGCAACCGAUUACCCCGACUGUUGACAACAAUGGACAAACACCUAUGCCAUCACCAGUAAAAACUCAUGGUGAGGUCUUAAAUUCUUGCUUUGAUGCUGGACUUAAUAUAUGUGCUUCAAUUUGUGACUUGGAUGGUGUCAACAAGAAAGCUCUAUGUCAGUUAGGGGCUUCUGUAGAGAAUCCCUGCAUAGAAGCCCAGGCUAAACGGACUUCUGAAAAUAGUCCCUCUUUGCUGGCUUCUACCCAGUUAAUAGGCCUAAAUCCAAUUCCAUUUCUACCAAUGGAACAGCAAUCCACGCCAACUUAUAUUGGAAAUUUUCCAGCUGAAAAUGUUCCUGUUGUAGAGACAGCACAACAGCAUGCGAUUGUAAGGUUGGCUAUUUUACGCCUACCUGGAACAUCUGGGCCAUCUUCUAGGCCAAGUGUUGCUCGCAUGGUAUCAUUAAGCCCUUUAUCGAUGGUUCAGUCUCCACCCUGCACACUACCCACAGUUGGAGGUCCCGCAAGUCCUCCCCCGAACUCCUUCGGGAUCAGGCAGCCACCCACAGCAUCGACUAAGAAAAGCACGACGCCAAUUGACUGGAUCUCCAGUGCAUAA